AUGCAAUCCACAAUUGCAAUACUCAUUUUGUUUUGCUGGCUUCCAGAGGAACGUUCAGCCAGAUUCUGUAACAACACUGGAGUAAUCAGAGCCCCAGGAGAUAUCAUCAUUGGAGGGAUCUUUCCAAUCCAUAGAAUAUUGGACAUAGUAAACAGAACAGUACCUGGACCAUUAAAAUGCUCAGGAUUUGAAAUUUCCACAUUCCUCUUGGUCCAAGCUAUGGUGCAUUCUAUUGAGCAGGUGAAUAAUUCUACCUUGCUACCGGGUGUCAAAUUAGGAUAUGAAAUUUAUGACAGCUGCGCUGAUGUUGCCCCUGCAGUAGAAGCCACCAUGAAAUUUAUUUCCAAGUUUAAUUCCUUGGACAAGAGUAUCGAAAUUCACUGCAAUUACACAGAUUAUGUACCAGCUGCAAAAGCAAUUGUAGGUGAUUUGUUUUCAGAAAUUUCGAUCGUGAUUGCAAGAAUAUUGAACUUCUACCUCAUCCCACAGAUGAGUUACGUGUCAUCAGCAGAAGAUCUCAGCGACAAAACAAAGUUUGCAUCAUUUUUUCGAGCUGUUCCCAGUGACAAGCAUCAAAUAUCCGCCAUUAUCAAACUUCUUCAACAUCUGAAGUGGAACUGGAUCGGAAUCCUGGCAACUGAUGAUGAUUAUGGACGAUCAGCAAUGAACAGUUUGAUUUCACAAGCAGAGGAACAGAGAAUAUGCAUUGAUUUUCAUUUCCGAAUCCCUGUUCAGAACAAGAAAGACCAGAACAAUUUCAUCAAAAGUGCUGCACAUAAAAUUAUGAAGUCAAGUGCAGAAGUAAUGGUUGCAUUUAUUAGAUCAUCAGAUAUCCAGACACUGUUUGAAAUAUUGAUUAAUUAUCAAGUAAAUAAAACUUGGAUCGCUAGUGAUGCCUGGUCCAAUUCUAAGAAAGUUGCCAGCAAUAUUCAAGCUGAACAAGUUGGAACUAUUUUGGGCUUUACAUUCAAAAAUGGAACCAUCCCAAAUUUUAAUGAGUACCUGAAGAAAUUGGUGACACAUACCACAAAAAGUGAUGAUUUUACCGAGGAAUUUUUUAGACAUCUAAAAAAUGAUGUUCCAAGUUCACAGUCAAAUAAAUCUUAUCAAUAUUCCAAAAUAACAGAAAAUAUUAAUGAUGCGUACAACUAUUGUGUAUAUUUAACUAUCAAAGCCAUUACUCAUGCUCUUCAGAAGGUACUCAAUUGUGAUCACCAAAAAUGUAAUGGAAAUUUUGAUUUUGCACCAUGGCAGUUGCUCAGUGAAAUGAAAAAAGUUCGGUUUCCGACAGAAGAUGGAUUCUUUCAUUUUGACAGCUCAGGAGAUUAUUCAAGUGGCUAUGACUUAAUACACUGGGAAACUGUGAACAAUUCUACAGAAUUUAUCACAGUUGGUAACUACAGUGCAGAAACACAAUCGAUUACCCUCCAUCCUUAUUUUAAUAAAACUGCAAAGAUUGGAGUAUUUCGUUGCUCUGACACCUGUAAACCUGGAGAAAGAAAGACUGUUUCACCUGAAAACAAUUGUUGUUACAGUUGUAGUAAGUGCACUGAGGGAACUUACUCAGACAAAAAUGAUUCCAGUGACUGUAAGACCUGUCAAGAAGAUGAAUGGUCCAAUAAAGGUAGUUCAAGAUGCCAGAAAAGAACAGUGGAUUUUCUGAAAUGGAGUGAAGGUUUAUCUAUUGUGCUGAUCAUAUUUGCCAUCUUAGGAGUACUUAUAAUAUGUGUGGUAAGCAUAAUGUUUACGAGAUAUUUGAGUACACCGGCUGUAAAGGCUGCUGGAGGUUGGAUGUGUUACAUUAUGCUGCUCUCACUGGUGAUUUGCUUAGUCAGCUCUAUAUUCUUUAUUGGAAAGCCCACUGACCUCAUCUGUAAAAUUCGCCAACCGCUCUUCAGCAUCUGCUUUACGCUUUCUGUUUCUUGUAUUUUGGUUAAGUCCUUCAGGAUCAUUCUGGCUUUCAGUUUUAAUCCAAUUGUCCGUAAGAAUCUGAGGCUUCUUUAUAAGCCAUUUCCUGUUAUAAUUACUGCCACAGGAGUUCAAGUGAUCAUUUGUUCAUUAUGGUUAUCUUUGGUCCCUCCUAAAACAAUUAAAAAUAGAUCUGAUCCCAAAACAAUUCUGUUCCAAUGCAGUGAAGGCUCCCGUACAGCUUUCGGAAUAAUGUUAGGAUACAUUGCUUUCCUUGCCUGUAUCUGUUUCAUUCUUGCUUUCAAAGGAAGGAAGGCUCCCAAAAUGUAUAACGAGGCAAGAUUCAUCACCUUUAGCAUGCUUGUUUACCUAAUUCUGUGGAUUUCUUUUGGAGUCAUUUAUCUCAACUUGGGAGAAAGCAAAUACAUAGGAAUAAUUGAAUCAAUUGCAAUAUUAGCAUCAGUCUACAGUUUUUUAUGCUGUCAUUUCUUCCCAACCUGCUAUGUAGUUCUUUUCAAGAAGGAAAGCAAUGUUGAGUCAAAUUAUUUGACGCAGGCACGGGAACAUUUCAAACAGAAAGGGCAGUUUGUGUGUCCGGUCGCAAAAAUGCGAAGGAUCUCUCAGAUUUCUAAUGAAGAACAGACUUGUAACCCUACAGUAGUCAAAGCAAGUAUUGAAAGAGAAUGCCUCAGUAAUCAGAAAACUGGUCACAAUUACCUUAACACUAAUUUUCAGAAUCAUAGAGUUUCGCAUUGCUUGAGAAAACGGCAUAAGAGUUGUUAAUUUUUUUUAGCUCAUAUGUAGAAAUAAGUACAUGAUAAAUUAUUAGAUUAGAUUAGAUUAGAUUACCUUUAUUUGUCAGAUGUACGCUGAAACAUUGGAACAUACAGUGAAACGCAUCAACAUCCAACACAGUCUGAGAAUGUGCUGAGGGGCAGCCUGCAAGUGUUGCUACUCUUCCAGCACCAACGUAACAUGCUCACAUCUCACUCACCCUGGUGCGUAGGUCUUUGCAAUGUGGGAGCACUCAGAGGAAACCCACGUGGUCAGAGAACGUGAAAACUCCCUACAGACAAUGGUAGGAAUUGAACACCCCAAUCCCUGGAAUUGUAAACUGUACUGGGCCUGUACUCACCAAAUUUUUGAAGAAUGUUUGAGGGGGGGAGGUGACAUCAUUGAAACUUACUGAGUAUUAAAAGUCUUAGACAGAAUGGAGGUGGAGAGGCGUUCCAACAGUUGGAGAGUGUAGGACCGGAAGGCACAGCCUCAGAAUAGAAGGGUGUCCUUUUAGAACAGAGAUAGGAGGGCAUUUCUUCAGCCAGAGGGUGUUGGAUCAGUGGAAUUCAUUGCCACAGGCGGCUGUGGAAGUCAAGUCAUUGGGUAUAUUUAAAGCAAAGGCUAAUCGGUUUUUGAUGAGCAAGGGCAUCAAAGAUUAUGGGAAGAAGGCAGGAGAAUGGAGCUGAGAGGGGAAAUCAAUCAAAAGACAGAGCAGACUCAAUGGGCCAAAUGGCCUAAUUCUGCUCCUAUGUCUGAUGGCCUGGCGAUCAUUGAUAAUAGGCAUCAUAGGGAGUAGUUUAGUGGUGCUCCACAAGGAUCUGCACUGGGAGUUCUGCUGUUUGUGAUGUAUAUAAAUGACAAUGACACUCUCUCCCUCUCCCUCUUCUCUCUCCUCUCUCUUUUACAUAACUGGGCUAUUACACAAUAGGUUGGGAGAAUGACUAAAUGAGGUCUCUUGGGUGAUGAGCUUGGCAUAUAUUCAAUUGCUCCACAUCCACUGUUCCCAGGGUCAGCUGAGAGUAAAAGCUAUUGCUUUUCAGAACCCUUGAGUUUUGAUUCAUCUGCCAAACAUUUAUUAUAACAGCAUUGUUAGAGAAGUUUCUUCCAACUUCAAAGCUGUAUAU